CAUAGAGAAAACAAGAAAGAAGAGGAAGAAGAAGAAGAAGAAGAAGGAGAUCACCAUGAUGCACUACAAGGAGGAAAAAGAGGCAAAGAAAGAAGCGUUCAGGAAGUACUUGGAAUCCAGUGGAGUCCUUGAUGCGCUCACCAAAGUUUUGGUUGCAUUGUACGAGCAGAAUGACAAGCCUUCCUCUGCGCUCGAGUUUGUUCAACAAAAGUUAGGAGGUCCAUCUAUUUCUGACUACGAGAAGCUGCAGGCUGAACUUUCGGAUUUGCAGAUGAAGUAUAAUCAACUUUUCGCAGCUUACCAAGAGACAAGUGCAGAGUUGGAGGGCCUUAAGAGCUCACAAUCGAAUACGACACAUAAUGAGGCAUCAGGUUCUACCAAGGAGACCACUGCUGAGGAGGCUCAAAAGGAAAAUUCCUAGAAAUUUCGGCGGAGGAUUUGGUAAAUUGUUAAGCAAAGUAACACCUUUAUUUCUGGUAAAUAUAUCGGUUGUUGUAUGCAUUCGGUUAGAAGAGUUGGUGAUUUUGUGAACUGAUCUGUAGCGAGUCAUCUGCUAAUUUAAGAUCCUCUAGUGGUCUUUCUUUGAACUCAACUGUUUGGAAAUAUAUUGUAUUGCCUUUUCAAGAUAUAACUUCAGUUUUUCUCGGGCUUAUGUCUAAUUUCAGAGUUCAUUGUCACAUCUUGUGGAGAAAAAAGGAAAACAAAAACUCCAGUGACUAGAACAUGUGCAAGGAAAGCCACAAGAGACCACCCUCGAAAUGUUACAAACUUGCAAGUUGCAAUUAGAUAAAUAUUGAGUUCAUCU